AUUGAGUGGCAGAUGAUAUGAUGAAGGAAUUACUACUUCUACGCGACCUUAUGAUCCCGAUACAAAAGCGCGAAGGCCCGGACUUCUUCUUUUCGGACAGAAGUAGAAUCGCAAAGUUCGCCGGAAAACUGCCACAAAGUUAGAACACAAGUAAAACCAAACUUCCACAAUGUCGAGCUCCUCUUCCUCCUCCGGCGGCAAAAAAGUGCCGCGCAGGGGGCGGCAGCGGCGGUCUCAAAUCAACAAACCGCCCGAGCAGCGCUGCUUGAAUUGCGAUGAGGUCAUCCCCGACCCGGAUGCCUGUGCCCUGUACCGGGGCCGCCCCUGCUGUGUCCGCUGCUGGCAGCGCAUCGAGAAACUCGCGGAACGCAACGACCCGGCGUUGCUCAAGUUGUCCGCGAACUUGCAGCAGACCGGAAUGUUCAAGAAUCACCAGGGUGGUCAACAACACGCCGGACCCUCGCGGUACUACAGCAGUCUGGUCGUGAGAGCCCCUCUGUACCUGGGUGGCACGUACUUUCUCUUCGCGACGGUUUUCCGCAACGCCUCAGACGCCUUCCAGCUCUUUAUCCUCCGUGCCUACCUGGACUUGUCGGAUUACUGGCUCGACAAGGGGAGCUGGAUCCGCUUCCUCGGAAUCGACGACUUUCGGAAGUGGUGGCUUGACAUCCCCCCUCCGCCCAGCAACGAAAGAAUCUACCGCGAGUUAACCGGUGAAGAACCGCCCUGGUCCCCGUACUUCAAUAGCGCCGACGGGCGGGCGGUUACUGGAGAGCAAGAAGAAGGGGCUGGUCCGAGCAGUAGUACAACGUCGCCGGACGAGUACAGCAGCAACAGUACCAGCAUCGGAACACAAUUCCCACCGGCGUAUCCACGUGCAGUGUAAAAUGUUUUUGCGUGGUCUGUCGUGCUCGCGCUCAACGCAGCUGCUGUUCGACGAUUUUUGUGUUACUAAUUUGCGUCAGAAUUAUUGUUUGUUGUCAUGAUCUGAUCAUCUCGGCGCCUGGGUCUGGUGGCAUGCUGUUUAAUAGUACUUCUAUCUAAAUUCGAGACGAACCGACCUUCGCAAAACACGCAAAAACUCUUUUCCACCCUCCAUAUUCAAAACGCCAUUCCAAACUUGAACCUCGGGGGUGGCGGACGGUACCCGUACGAGACCAACACUGGUCCGAAGUACUACCCGCCUGGCAACGCGCCGGCGAACAUUUUCGACCUGCUCCCCAAGAUGCCGCCGCCGCUGACGCCGCCGGGAAUGAAGGCCGAAGCGAACAACGACGCCGCAGGACUGCUCAACACGGGAGAUGCAACUGCAAAUGCCGCUUCUGCAAAGGGCGUGGUGUCUUCGUUUGGGAGUUACGUAUCGGGUUUGCUGAGUGGGGACAUCACUGUGGAAGACACGCUGUCGCCCGUUUUGGAUCAGGUGAAGGAGUUUAUGUCAGGCUUCUCCGGAACAUCCCGAAAAAUGAUGUACGCGUGAUCGGGAAGACAGUAGAGUUCGAGGACUUAGAAAGUCGUGUGUCGUCGAUCGCUUUCUGGUCUCGGGCGUUCCAGUUCUUGAAGGAUGCGGGGUGAUGCUCAAAUUCGAGUUGUUCCUCUUCUAUACAACUGUCUAUAGCGUUUACGUUGGUAAAAACGCGUCGUGAUGCAGAACUGCUUUUUGUUUCGAAGAAAUUAGUGACUCAUUCUGAAGUUGUGUGCGUGCCGUGCCAUCAGCUCAGUGUCACUUCUUAGCUGUGAUGAACAAAGUGUUUAUGUUUGAAAAUGACGAGAAUGCGUUUCGUAGUGCCCGCAAGUAGCACCUCGACCUCCAGCAGUACGUACUUCUUCAGCAGUCAGGCUGAUGAAGAUGAAGACGAUGAAUAUGCUUCAUAACCGUAGGUACUUACUGCGACGAAAAGUAUAGCUUGCUUCUACUUCCAGAUCAAAGGGAAAGCAACCAAUGGGACUGUUAC